ACAAUUAGACUGAUUUUUUUUUAUAAAAAGGCAUAAUAAUAUACAAUUUAAAUCAGAACUUUGAUGGUGUUUACUCAUUGUGUAGCUAAUACAUUCAAAUGGCGGUUAGCAGAGAUUAACUAGGAAGGAGAAGUGAAUAUUAUUAUUAUUAUUGUUAUUACUACUAUUAUCAUUUUUCAUAAACAUCAUUCCAAUUUUCGAUUCGAUCCAGUUCGGAAAUAUAAUAAUAAUAAUAUUAUCAUUAUUAUUCUUUAUCAAGUUGACAAUCUCUGCGAUUUUCAUUCAACUCAUCUACUAAUUCAAUAAUUACAUCUUUUCUAUUCUAACACUGCCUAUGUGUAUAUGUGACCGUCUUCCACUGGCUAACUGUCUACUGUCGGAAUAUUUACUACAUAUACAAUAUUGAAUUCUAGUAGAUAUCUUUCUACUAGAAAUAUUCGUGUUUUCUUUUUUCCAAGUACAUCUUUUUAAAAGUUCCUCUUACAUGUUAACCAUUUGUUCUGUCUUCCUUUGAUAUUUUUUUUCUUUUACCGAUCAUUAUUUCGUGUUUUUUCUAUUUCUUCUUUAAGAAGAAAACAAAUUUCAUCCAUUCAAUAUUGGUUAACAAAGGAAGGAAACAAUAAGAUAGAUUAUGAUAAAUAUCAACUAUUUACAAUUGAAUCUUAUUCGAAUGACAAUAUUCAACAAUCAACAUUGUAAUAUUAUUUACAUAUAAAUUAGAAAAUAUUUAUUUGCAUCUAGUUUUUGUUUUUGUGUGUGUUUGUUUCUUACCUCUUUCUCUUAUUCAAUUAUUAUAUAUAUUUAUUGAUACAAGAAUAUAACUAAUUCUCGUCCUGGGAUUACUGUUAGUUACGCUGAUACUAUACAUCAACUUUGACAAUAAUAUUCGUAUACGCUACAAUCAAUCAAUCAAUCAAUCAAUCAAUCGAUCAAGUUAGAAUUACGCUCCAGUUUUUUUUUAAAAAUUUUUCUUUGUCAAUUGAAUCAUUCCUCUGUUCAAUAUUCAAUAGUUAACUAAUAAUAUACUUGGAAAUAAAUGGCUACUGAAAGUCUUCAAGCUCGAUUGACUGAAUUCGAGCGUCAAGCUCGUGGUGUAUGCAUAGGUGUAAAUCAUUUAGCACUUGACAGUGAACGUGUUAGACAAGCUGAAUUAUUACAAAAAAUUAUACAACUAGAAAAAGAUAUUCAACAAUCUAGUGCACAAAAAUCACAUUUACCUGACGCAGCAGCUGAGAUUCGUGAUGAUGUGAAAAAUAAUACAUCAGCAUUACGUUAUUUAGAAACAAUAUCACAAUUGGAGAAUUCAUUUACAGUUCUAACAGAAAAUGUCACUGAAACCUCUGUACAAUUAAGUGCUCCUAAAGAAUUAAAAGAUGAAGUUCAUGUGAAAAAAGAAUUAACUAGUAAUGUGAAAAGUUGUUGGACAUAUGUUUCUCAAUUGGCCCGAUUAAGUCAAGUACACAUUAGGAAUGCUGCUGAAUAUCAUCAGUUUCAUCAUGCAGUUAAUGAAGCUGAAGCCAGUUUGAAAGCACGUGUACGAAUGACAGAACCGAGAAAUUCAAGAGCAUUACCUGCAACUUUGAAAAAUUGUACAAUUUUGGCCAAUGAAUUGAGAGAACAUCUUAAUCAUAUGAUUCAUUUAUGGGGUCGAUCAGGCAAUUUGCUUGAAGAAAGCCGACGUAUUGUCCCUGUUCACUUAAGACUAGGUGGUGUUAUUGAUGGUCUGAGUACUAAUACAGAAUCCGCUAGUCCAGUUAUGGCUCGUAUGUUAACUUCAUUGACAGGACCAAAUUAUGAAUUAAAAGAAGGUGAAGAAGUACGCGUUAUUUCGAAUAAAGAUGAUCAACACUUUUGGACAGUACAAACAAAUAAUGGUAUAGUGAAAAUACCAUCUGUUUGUUUAUGGAUAAGUGAUCCAGAUUUAGAAGCUGUAAAACGAUCAGUGAUACUUCGUGAAAAAUGUAUUGAAUCAUGGGAUUUACUUGUGGAAAGAUCACGUGAACGACUAAGAUCAUAUUACAGUUGUUUAUUAAAUCAAAUGGCAGAAAAUGGAGAUAUUCAAUAUCAGCAUAAAAUAACUAUGGAUAAUUUUCUGGAAGAUUUAAGAGGUCUUCUAUUACCUAAUGACACAAGAGCAGUUGAAUUAAAUCAAGCUAUAUAUGCAUUUACAGAGAGAUUAAAAAUGACAGAUAUCAAUCGACAACGUAGUUCACAUGGCGGAGUAGUUUUAAGAGAACAAGAUAUUGUUUGUAUGCAUAGUCCAUUGUUAAGACUACGUGAUCAUGAACGGCAAAUGGACCAUUUACGUGCACAAUCUGAACUGGCUGGAACUCAUAUGACAAAUUAUUUACGUGAAAUCGAUGCAGAUCAAAAACGAGUUGAUCAUGAAUUAUCGUUGAUAGAUCAGUUACAACAUGAGAGUCAGUCUCAGUUGGAUCAAUUGAUAAAUCGUGUGAAAAGAUGGAGUAGCCGAUAUGAACAUGAACCGAAUGUUGAUUCUAGUAUAACCAAUUCUAGAAUAAGUUCUAGUUUAAAAUCUAGUACAAUAUCUGACAAUUGGACAGGUAAUAAUCAAAUGUAUCCAAUAGAUGCAAGAUCACCUCAAUCUAUAGUGAGAGAAACAUCACGAUUAUCGUGUAGAACAAGAUCAGAAUCAAUUCCAUGCCCAGCACUUGAUGCUAUUACACAAAUCGGUGUUACAACCAAAACAUCAGGGACUCAAAUUUCUGAUGACGAAGGUGAUGGUGGUCGUAAUAAAAUAGAUUUAUGUGUAUCUAAAAGACAAUUUGUGCCAGCGACGAUUCCUGAAAGAAAACAAGUAAGAAAUGCAAUAACUCAAAUUGGAGUUUCAAAAGUUGAUGCAGGCACACAAGAUGACUAUCAUGGAUACAGUCCUAAGCGUUCAGUUAAAGAAGUAUUAUGUCAAAUAGGUCAAAUUACAGCGAAUGCUUCAUGUCAAACAUUAGAACAUUACAAGCUGCAACAAGCGCUUAAAAAGCCAACUUUGGAUGCGAUAGUUCAAUCUGGUGUUAUCACUAAGAAUAAUUCCACUCAGUCGGAAAGCAUCACAGAAACCGUUGUGAAAAUGGACGUACCUGAAUCACAAAAAGGUGCACGAAAAUACAGCGUACUAGAUGCUAUCUGUCAAAUAGGACAGGUUACACAAACAAUUGGAACACAAAUAGAAAUAGAGAAUACAGAAAGAAAUAAGAAAAAUCUUGGAGUUCAAGCAGAAAUCAAGAACGUAUGGCAACACCCAGUGAAAACAACUGAAGCCGCAUGUCAAAUAGGUAGGAUAACAAUAAACGCAAGUACGGAGAUGUCAUCAAUGCUCAUCAGUAAUGAACAAAUGAUAAGACAAGAUAUGAAGAAAAGUGAUAUAGUGUGUCAAAUAGGAAAGGUUCAAAUAGCACAAUCAACACAGGCCGACUUUAUUAAGCAUAUGUUACGCAAACCAUCGUCCGAUGUAGUAUGUCAAGUAGGAAGUGUUAUGGAAUCUUCAGGGAUCCAGAUAGAUGAACCUCAUAAAACUUCAAUGUUACUAGCGGGAACUCAAAGUGCCAAAACACCAACAUACACUAAGGAGAUUCAGACAGAUAUGGGAUUCCGAGUGGAACCGAAGUUUGUGUCGAAGGCUGUCAACGAUGUUAUAUGUCAGGUUGGUCAGGUAAACCAUGAAGUAUCCACACAGUCAGUUGAACAUGUCACCGCUAGACCAGCAUACAAGGAUACUGGCAUUGACCCGAUUCACAUGUGGGAAAAGAAGAUGGCCAACGAUGUCGUCACACAAACAGGGAUUGUCCACACAUCGAAAAUAACACAAGCUGAACUAAUACAAGAACAACCGGUGUAUGUGAAGCCAAUAGAAACACAGGAUGUACCGAUAACAUCGUACAAAGAAACCGUAGAUGCCUACCAACAGGCCGACUUAAUUAAGCAUAUGUUACGCAAACCAUCGUCCGAUGUAGUAUGUCAAGUAGGAAGUGUUAUGGAAUCUUCAGGGAUCCAGAUAGAUGAACCUCAUAAAACUUCAAUGUUACUAGCGGGAACUCAAAGUGCCAAAACACCAACAUACACUAAGGAGAUUCAGACAGAUAUGGGAUUCCGAGUGGAACCGAAGUUUGUGUCGAAGGCUGUCAACGAUGUUAUAUGUCAGGUUGGUCAGGUAAACCAUGAAGUAUCCACACAGUCAGUUGAACAUGUCACCGCUAGACCAGCAUACAAGGAUACUGGCAUUGACCCGAUUCACAUGUGGGAAAAGAAGAUGGCCAACGAUGUCGUCACACAAACAGGGAUUGUCCACACAUCGAAAAUAACACAAGCUGAACUAAUACAAGAACAACCGGUGUAUGUGAAGCCAAUAGAAACACAGGAUGUACCGAUAACAUCGUACAAAGAAACCGUAGAUGCCUACCAACAGGCCGACUUAAUUAAGCAUAUGUUACGCAAACCAUCGUCCGAUGUAGUAUGUCAAGUAGGAAGUGUUAUGGAAUCUUCAGGGAUCCAGAUAGAUGAACCUCAUAAAACUUCAAUGUUACUAGCGGGAACUCAAAGUGCCAAAACACCAACAUACACUAAGGAGAUUCAGACAGAUAUGGGAUUCCGAGUGGAACCGAAGUUUGUGUCGAAGGCUGUCAACGAUGUUAUAUGUCAGGUUGGUCAGGUAAACCAUGAAGUAUCCACACAGUCAGUUGAACAUGUCACCGCUAGACCAGCAUACAAGGAUACUGGCAUUGACCCGAUUCACGUGUGGGAAAAGAAGAUGGCCAACGAUGUCGUCACACAAACAGGGAUUGUCCACACAUCGAAAAUAACACAAGCUGAACUAAUACAAGAACAACCGGUGUAUGUGAAGCCAAUAGAAACACAGGAUGUACCGAUAACAUCGUACAAAGAAACCGUAGAUGCCUACCAACAGGCCGACUUAAUUAAGCAUAUGUUACGCAAACCAUCGUCCGAUGUAGUAUGUCAAGUAGGAAGUGUUAUGGAAUCUUCAGGGAUCCAGAUAGAUGAACCUCAUAAAACUUCAAUGUUACUAGCGGGAACUCAAAGUGCCAAAACACCAACAUACACUAAGGAGAUUCAGACAGAUAUGGGAUUCCGAGUGGAACCGAAGUUUGUGUCGAAGGCUGUCAACGAUGUUAUAUGUCAGGUUGGUCAGGUAAACCAUGAAGUAUCCACACAGUCAGUUGAACAUGUCACCGCUAGACCAGCAUACAAGGAUACUGGCAUUGACCCGAUUCACAUGUGGGAAAAGAAGAUGGCCAACGAUGUCGUCACACAAACAGGGAUUGUCCACACAUCGAAAAUAACACAAGCUGAACUAAUACAAGAACAACCGGUGUAUGUGAAGCCAAUAGAAACACAGGAUGUACCGAUAACAUCGUACAAAGAAACCGUAGAUGCCUACCAACAGGCCGACUUAAUUAAGCAUAUGUUACGCAAACCAUCGUCCGAUGUAGUAUGUCAAGUAGGAAGUGUUAUGGAAUCUUCAGGGAUCCAGAUAGAUGAACCUCAUAAAACUUCAAUGUUACUAGCGGGAACUCAAAGUGCCAAAACACCAACAUACACUAAGGAGAUUCAGACAGAUAUGGGAUUCCGAGUGGAACCGAAGUUUGUGUCGAAGGCUGUCAACGAUGUUAUAUGUCAGGUUGGUCAGGUAAACCAUGAAGUAUCCACACAGUCAGUUGAACAUGUCACCGCUAGACCAGCAUACAAGGAUACUGGCAUUGACCCGAUUCACAUGUGGGAAAAGAAGAUGGCCAACGAUGUCGUCACACAAACAGGGAUUGUCCACACAUCGAAAAUAACACAAGCUGAACUAAUACAAGAACAACCGGUGUAUGUGAAGCCAAUAGAAACACAGGAUGUACCGAUAACAUCGUACAAAGAAACCGUAGAUGCCUACCAACAGGCCGACUUAAUUAAGCAUAUGUUACGCAAACCAUCGUCCGAUGUAGUAUGUCAAGUAGGAAGUGUUAUGGAAUCUUCAGGGAUCCAGAUAGAUGAACCUCAUAAAACUUCAAUGUUACUAGCGGGAACUCAAAGUGCCAAAACACCAACAUACACUAAGGAGAUUCAGACAGAUAUGGGAUUCCGAGUGGAACCGAAGUUUGUGUCGAAGGCUGUCAACGAUGUUAUAUGUCAGGUUGGUCAGGUAAACCAUGAAGUAUCCACACAGUCAGAGAUUCCUUCAAUUAUUUCAGUGGGAGUAGAUUCAAGACCAGAAUGUGCUUUAAGGCACCAAGGUUCAUACCAAGUGCCACCAAACAUAGAUCGUCAAAGCAGACAAGUACAGGCAGAUAUCAAACAGGCAUUUAAACAUAUAAAUAUGC